CGGCCGUCACGUGAUUUCGGCAUGGCGGUGUUUGCGGAUUUGGACCUGCGGGCGGGUUCCGACCCGAAGGCGCUGCGCGGGCUCGUGGAGAAUGCCGCUCACCUGGGCUAUUCAGUUGUUGCCAUCAAUCAUGUUGUUGAAUUUAAGGAAAAGAAACAGGAAAUUGAAAAACCAGUAGCUGUUUCUGAACUCUUUACAACUUUCCCAAUUGUACAGGGAAAAUCAAAACCAAUUAAGAUUUUAACUAGACUGACAAUUAUCGUUUCGGAUCCAUCUCACUGCAAUGUUUUGAGAGCAACUUCUUCAAGAGUCCGGCUGUAUGAUAUCGUUGCAGUUUUUCCAAAGACAGAAAAACUUUUCCAUGUUGCUUGUACACAUUUAGAUGUGGAUUUAGUCUGCAUAACUGUAGCAGAGAAGCUACCAUUUUACUUCAAAAGACCCCCUAUUAAUGUGGCAAUUGACCGAGGUGUGGGUUUUGAACUUGUCUAUAGCCCCGCUAUCAAAGACUCCACAAUGAGAAGGUACACAAUUUCCAACGCCCUCAAUUUGAUGCAGGUCUGCAAAGGAAAGAAUGUAAUUAUAUCUAGUGCUGCUGAAAGGCCUUUAGAAAUAAGAGGCCCAUACGAUGUGGCAAACUUAGGGUUGCUGUUUGGGCUGUCGGAAAGUGACGCCAAGGCCGCAGUGUCCACCAACUGCCGAGCGGUGCUUCUGCACGGAGAAACUAGAAAAACUGCUUUUGGAAUUAUUUCCACGGUGAAGAAACCUCGGACAUCAGAAGUAGAUGAUGAUUCUCUUCCAGCCUGUAAGAAAGCCAAGUGUGAGAACUGAAACGAGUCCCCCGUCUCUGUCAACACUCCCUUCUGCUUUUUGAGAAUCCAUCAGCCACAACAGAAACGGAACCUCCGUAUGAUUCACUAUUUUCACUUGGAGCUAGAUACUGGUAGUCUAUAAAAGCAGUCUUAUAUUUAAGCCAUUAAAAUAACAAAACCUAGUAAAGCAUUUAAAAAAAAAAAAAAAAGGCUGCCCCCGUAAUGAAUUUAGGUAUUUUAAGAGAAAAGCAAAGACUAGUUCAUUUAUCCUUUCCGUUAAGUGAUAAAUGGAAGGUAUAAUUGAAUAAGAUGUUUCAGUAUUUCAAGAGACUCUUUAAAAGUGUUUCUUGCUCAUUUAAAAGUUCAUGCUUUUCAGCUUUACUUGAUAUACAUGGCUUAUUUUUUAAUUUUACUACUCAAAAAGUGGUUAUUUUGA